AACUGGAAUUGGGAAAGUUGAAUAACCGGAAACCCCGGCUAGAAGUUGUCAAUUUUUUUUGUUUUUAAUUGUAAAUAAUAUAAGUUCAUAAUAAUAUUGUUUUUUUUUUUUAUAAAUAUGUUAUUGCAGAUUGUGUACGAUUACUUAUAAGAUUUCUGGUACUAAUUGCACCUUAUGAUAUUGACUUCUACGUGAUUACUUGCUUGGCGAUUGAUCUAUAUGUAUUAUCUUCUACAUCCAUACUUCACUCAAUCUGUUGAUCACUAUCUAUUAUCAAUUAUAACCUAAUUUUUUAAACAAUAAAUAUGAAAAUGGUCUCUAUUAUAUCCCGUAUAAGUAGCACCCUGUUUCCUCGUGUUAGUAUGCCUGCCUUCACUAUGGCAUCACGCUCAAAAGCAACAUCGGUUAAGCCUAAAACAGCCAUUGUCAUGCUAAAUAUGGGGGGACCUCAAACUACUGAUCAGGUUGGAGGAUAUCUUCUGCGUAUCAUGACAGACCGCGACAUGAUUCAGCUUCCGGUGCAGAGCAAACUAGGGCCAUGGAUCGCCACGCGCAGGACCGAGGAGGUAAAGAAGAAAUACAAUGAGAUUGGUGGCGGUUCGCCCAUACUGAAGUGGACUAAUACACAAGGUAGAAUGCUGACAGAAGCCCUAGACCAGAUGCUACCAGAGUCGGCGCCGCACAAACACUACGUGGCUUUCCGCUACGUGCCGCCGUUUACAGAGGACGCUUUCCAGGAAAUUGAGCGCGAUGGUGUAGAACGAGCGGUGAUAUUCUCCCAGUACCCGCAGUACAGCUGCGCCACGACUGGCUCCAGCUUGAAUGCUAUCGCCGACUUCUAUAGGAAUAGAGAAGUACCAAGCAGUAUAAAGUUUAGCCUGAUCGAACGCUGGGCCACUCAUCCUCUCCUCGCGAAGGUGUUUGCCGAACGGAUCAGGGAGAAAUUGGAAGCGUUCGACAGUAGAGUCAGGAAUGACGUAGUCAUACUGUUUACAGCUCACAGUCUACCAUUGAAGGCGGUAUCGAGAGGAGACACGUACCCUCAUGAGGUGGCAGCGACCGUGGCGGCCACCAUGAGCACCCUCCAGGUCCCCAACCCUCACAGGCUGGUGUGGCAGUCCAAGGUCGGGCCACUGCCCUGGCUUCAGCCGUACACAGAUGAUGCAAUCAAGGCAUACGUGAAACAAGGGCGCAAACACCUGAUCUUAGUGCCGAUAGCAUUUGUGAAUGAACACAUAGAGACCUUGCAUGAACUGGACAUAGAGUACUGCGAUGAGCUGGCUAAGGAGAUCAACAAACCGGGCCCCAAGUCGGUACCCUGGCGCACAACGAAUACGGCGUCACAAAUCUCCCGUCUGGGGACGCAAACUCCAAUACAACAUUUCCAACAUUACCGCCAACAAUCAAUCCAAACACACUAGACAGUAAGCAAAAUGAUAAAUAUAAAGGUAGCUCGGCUUUGUCGAAUUUAUCAAAAGCUUCACAGAAAUCCGAAGAUGACUUUGACGUAAAUGAAUAUUUCGCGAGAUUACAAGGAAGUAGAUAUGUAAGCGCUCCAUUGAAC